AUAUCAGUCUGAAUCGUCGGCAUGUAGCCUGUGUUAUGGUUUGCAUCAUUGUCUUUCUACAGCAUCAGUUUUAGUGUAGGUGGCAUUGAAAAUGACUGGGAUCCAGUACCUCGCUUGCCUGUGGACUGUGGUCACCACUCUUGCUGGUUUUGUUUUCUGCGGCGAUGUUUCGUUCGUGGAGCGGCUGGAGGGAGAGUCGGUGGUCGUCCGCUGCCACAUGAAGCCGGGGGGCCAGCCACCCUUCGGCCUUUACCUGAGGCGCAGCUGGCUCCGUCCCGUAGACGUCUUCUUCAAGUACACCAUGAACGACGCCUCCGUCAACGAGUCCUUCAAAGGCCGAGUGAGCGUCAGCGGAGACCCGAGCAAUUACUCCGUCAAUGUGACCAUCUCCCAGCUCAGGGCCGCCGACACGGACCGCUACACCUGCGAGUUCGUGGUGGAGAGAAUUGGCGCAGAGGAUGAAAAGAUCCAGGGCAACACCGAAAUCUUCCUCCAAGUCAUCCCUCAUGCUCCGAGCUCCGAGGACCUGGACCUGAUCCAGACCUGCACCGGAGGUUCCGCUGUGCUUCCGUGUUUCACCCCAAAUAGCGAAGGCUUGGCUGUGGAAGGCGUGGUUCUGAACAGGCAAAGGGGCCGAGCCCCCGUGGAGGUGGCCUACCACUCUCAACGGCGCCACACUUCUCUGUUCCCCACUGAGAGAGUCCAGCUGUCGUCUGCGCCCGGACAGGGCGGCAUCACCUUCAACGUGACCCUGCUGCAGCUCCAGCCUGAGGACAGCGCCCUCUACAGCUGCCUGCUGCUCCUGCGCGGCAGGCCCGAAAGCAGCACCGGUCUUAGGGGUCAAGUGUUCUUUAUUUCCGUCCAAGGUGAUAGGUGCGGCUGCUCCAGCUACCCCACGCUGCUCUACGCCUUGUCGGGAGCUGUGGGCGUCCUCUUCCUCCUCUUGCUCCUCGUUGGAUGUGUGGUGGCGCGUAAAGGUAAAACCCGCCAGGAUAUCAAGACACACUCUCAGGCGCCCAUCUACGAGGAGAUGGUCGGGAUGCAGUCUCCCAGCCGAAAACUGACCGAAUCCUCCGAGUACAAUAACUGCCCGCUGAAGAGGGCCAGCCCUGGAAACCAUUAUGAAAGCCCGAGUGGGGCUCUCUUUCCCCGGAGUGAUUCUGAGAAAUGACAUGUUAGAUCAGAAUAGAAUGACCCAAAACUUUCUGGAUUCGCAGAACUCUUUCACAUCUGUCUAUUGACUAUCAGAAAAAAUAUUUUUGUGGCCUUUCAAACAAGAAAAAAAAAAAGCACAUGCCCCUAUUAUCACAUUUGUCAAAUGUUUUAGAAAUAGAAAAAUAUUCUGUGGGCAAAUGAAACAAAACUUUUUUCUUGUGACAUUUGGAGUAAAACUAAUGCACCAUUUCAGGAAAUAAACCCAAAAACGUCACUCACUCACCCACUCACUCAGACUGCUGAGUGAGUGGGUGAGUGGUUGGUUGAGGACCAGGCCUCAACACUGUUGUCGCAGGUUUGAGCCCGAUGACCUUUACCUCAUCACUACCCACCUUCCUGUCUAACCACUCCCAAAUAAAGGCUGUUUUUAAAAAACAAAACAAAACAAAAAAAAAAAAAACAUCACUCCCUCAAACAAACAUGGUGUUAGUCUAGAGAUGAUUUCUUCUUUAGGAGCUGGAUGACCAAGUGCAGUUGAUGGAAGAAUAAAUUCAGCUUCUUAUCAGAUGAUCCUGAGGAAGAACUGCGACUGUUUUAGCUGUUUGGGUCGGCCAAGGGGCCAGUCCAGCACUGAAUGCCUAAAAAAACCCCAAAACUUGAAAGGGUUUGGAAUGGCCUAGUCAAAGUCUACUCUUGAAUCUAAUUGGGAAGAUAGGGAAUGAUCCAUAACAGGCUGUUUCUGUGGCUGAAUUAUAAUAUCUCUCCUAAGAACAGCCGGCAGAGUGAUGUAAAAGAUUCUUUGCCAGUUAUUGCAAACAUUUCAUGUUUCAAUGUGGACAGUCAAGUUUUAUAGUUAGGAGAUAGUUAUUUUUUCCUUCUUAAUAUUGAAUGGAAUUACUGUUAAACUAUAUGUAUAUAUAUUUUAUCUAGUCAGUUCAUCUUUUGAUGAUGUGAAACAUUUACAGGUAACAAAAUAAAUCUUUUAAUCUAAAUAUUUGUUAUUGGAAUGUGUAUAUAAAACAACUCAAUGUCAUUUCUUCAUAUAGUUUUUUCCCCCCUUGUAUUUCAUUGAAAGUGUUUAAAGUAAAAGUUCAAUAAAGUUCAAACUUGUGGCAUUUCAUUUUCAUUUGUUGUCACACUUCCCCACCAGAACCCACCACACCCAGAAACAUUUGAUGACCUGAGGGGUGAAAACAGGCGUCCAUCCAGACCAGGCUGCAGGGUCAGUUUAGUUCAGUUCAAGUAUUUAUGCACAACCCCUACAGAACUGCAAUUUUAUUACCAAUAAAAACAAAUCUUGUCUCAUCAGAAAAUGGUAGGUACAACACAAAGUAUUUGUUGUUUUAAAAAAGUUUCUCAAAGCAAAUAUGACCAGUGACUUUAACUCAAAAGUUGACUGGUGUAAAGAAAUCUCUGAAUCUGCUUAACUAUUUAUCAAAAGUAGUUAAAUAUGACAAGUGGUUUUAGAGAAAAAAUAACCCAAAUCCUCUUAUUGCUGAAAAUUGACAAAAAAAAAAUAAUUCAUACCUUUUUUUUGCAGAUCCAAAACUUAAGGCUUCAGCAUGUUUUGCUUUAUUAAAAGUUAGGCAUUCAAUGAAUUACACAUACAGUUCCUAAAAAAAAUUAUAUUUUGGUCCACAUGACAGAAAAUGUGGAACAUCACUGACUGGAGGCAUUGAACAAUAAAAUCCAGAACUAACUUGAAAAUGGUCAAAAACCUUUCUACAGCCCUGUGAUAUAUAAAAUAACUUUUAAAAUACUGCUCACAGCUUUUUAAGAAAAGGACAAGACAACAAGUAACAGACGAGAAAAUGUGUAUUUUAUUAAUAUAGUCUGAAAGAAGCUCCAUAAUUCAUGGAAACAUUGUUUUUUUCCAAUGCAUGUUUUUUUUAACAAUCACAUUCUAUGAGGAGGAAAAAAAAAAAAAGAACAACAUUAAAAGCCACAACUUUGCAUUAAAUGUACAGACAUUUUUCCGUAAUGUUUUUUUUUUUCCCCCCAAAGUGAAGAGAAAGGCAAAGGCAAAGUCCCCACAACCCACCCUGACCCUCCCACCUCUCCCUAAAAAACAGACAGCCUUAAAAGUCAUGGGCUUUUCUCAGUACAACCCACAGUGAUUUAGCAGAAAGAUAAGCGCUCAUUGGUUAAGGAUUACACAGCAUGAUGACGCAAUGUAACGUUUUGCUUAAACAUUAGGUAAAGAUGGGGGUUUUUUGGGGGGGGAGAUGAAAGACACGAGAAAAAAAUAAACAAACAAAAAAAACAAUAACCCCAAAACAUCAAACCCCGAAGCCCAGAGUCUUGGUUGACCAUCGCCUGCAGUACAUCUGCGGGUGAUUGGACUAGUCCCUCCCACUUGUGCAUAGAUCAGAAUCCUUUUACAACCAGCUUCAUCCCUCCACUUAAAAACCACCUGUUACAUGGGAGGAAACGUCAUUUUAGUCACAGGAACGAACAUGUUCUACAACAGACAGGAGAGAUUAUUAAAAGAAGAAGAAGAAAAAAAAUGGCUUGCACGAUGCUCCCGAAAAAAACUGAAUGGAAAAUUAAAAAGACAUGAAAGAAAAAAAAAUCCAUUUUGUAAUUUAAAAAAAAAUAUUUAUUUUUUUUAAACAACUGAUCAUUGUUCCAAUGUAAAGCAAUUUCUACUUGGAUUUCACAUGUAAAGCGCUCCACUCUUCGCGAAGAAAAAAACAAAAAACGAUUCUCAGUCUUAUUUGGUAAACAUGUAACUUCUAAAAAACUUUUUUUUUUCUUUUGUGGUUUGAACUAAUAAAACUUUAGUGAUUGCUUGGAGUAGAAUAGUUGUCAGUUCCUUUAGUUUUUCACCACACUACCAUUAAAACGCAGAACUGAUGAGGUUUGGAUCUGGAACCCUGGCCUUCCUGAGACAAAA